AUGUCACGUGAGACAUCACCUUUUGCAAAUCAUACUACUCCAAAAGCGAAGAGGGAGAUGUCGUGCUCUUUAGGGAAACAAAGUGCCAACCAACUGGCAACACUCACUGCCCAUGCAACACAGCUCCAGGCCCGAUUACUCGUUGCACUUGAUACCCUCGACUCCCAGAACCUGACUCAUGCAUCCGAGAUCGCUUCGUUCCAAGAGUCCUAUGACAAAUUGGCUGCACGCGCACGGCGGCUCGAGUACGAGCGUAACGCAGCCAACGAAGACUUGGCUGAAAUGACCUCAGUGCUAGAGUUGGUGGUCGAAAAAGUUGGCGCAGCCAAUGAUUACAAGGUUCUCGCACACUCAAACCUUCAUCUCCCCAUCCCACUCUCCCCUCCUCGAGCUCGCCCUGGAGCACCAGGCCGUAGAAGUAAAUACGAUUCACCAUCUGACUCGUCGGCCUACACAACCGCACUUGUUACUGCAUUGACUACCCAGCUCGAUGUUAUUCGGUCUCAGGCUGGUAGGGACCGGGAUGAAUCGGAGAGAAAGAUAGCGAGGCUGGAGGCCAUGGUGGAAUUGCGAGAUGUCGAACUCAAACGAAACCUGAGCAAGAGUGUAAACUCAGAGGCACCCGACAGUGGGACCGAAACCUCUAAUUCAUCCAAAAUGUCCCGCGGAGAGGCCAUUGCUGCAUACGACAGCGCAGUCAAGGAGAACAAGAGACUAGAGAAGGAAGUUGCUCGGCUCAAGGCAGAGCUUGCCACCGCCGAGUUUAACCGCGCGACAAGCGAAAUACGUACAUCUAGUUCCUGGGCCCAACUUCCCGAAUGGGCUAGGCCUCAACCCACAGCGUCCAGCUCGAAAUCUAAACGGCCAUCGUCUCGCCCAAAUGUUCAUUCUGAAUCAUCGGAUUGUGCCCCGUCGUCCAUGUCGGAACCCCAGGCCUCGCCGAGGUUGAACCCCGGGAUUCAGCGCGAGGAUUCUUCGGCUUCGGAGCCAACCCCACAGCGUCCUGGAUCUUCUCAGCCUCGACCCCGGUCUUCGGCCUCGAUAUCUGAUUAUAGAGGACGUUCAAGAGCGUCGCGACCAACCGUCACCGUCUCGGACUCGAACAGUGACGACAGCCGCAUUGUCAUUCCUCAGCCCGCAACGAAACCAAGACGUAGUAAUUUACGAGAUUCGGGUAUCGGUGUAGACUCGGGGAGUGAGGCCACGACCAGUAAGGCCAGGGCCAAACUUGGAGCAAAGGACAAGGACCAACGACUACCGGAAUCGCCUCAAGACACCGUUCGAUCACAGAGCGGGCAGGAUCAAGAUGGACCAGGUCCACGCGGACAAGACCUCAUGCCUCUUUUACCGGCGCUUACACCCAGCAAAGUCCGCGCACCUCGGGUCGAAGUCGUUGAUCUACCCAGCACAUCGUACAUCGAACCGUCAUUUGGCGUUUCCCUACGAAAGAAGGGCAGGAAACAAACUUCAGAGAGCCACGAAACUACACAAACCACUGUUCCUGACCGCUUAUCUCCGGGUUUGGCCGAGCCGGCUCUUGGACCAACCCCAUCCCCGCGCACUAUAUCUCCUAUCGGAGAAUUCCUGCUUCCGCCUCCUGUAGUGUCUCGUCAAGAACCUGCGGCGAAUACCCCGGCACCGGUGGUUGAGCCUCUGAUCGAUCUAACCCCCGUACUUCAACCAGCUGCUAUCCUUCAACCCUCCCCAAUACUUCAUUCCGCACUUGUACAGCAUCAACAAGACCGAUCACGUUCGAGUUCUAGAACGGCUCGGCUUUCACCACUUCCCCCUGUGUUUGAUUUGACCGGCUUACCGGCUUACGAAUCACUCCCUGCUCCCCCGCCCAAGAGCUCACCCACUCCCGAAACUAAAGGCUCAUCAGACAACUUGUCCGCCCCUACCGAUUCGCCUAUUCGCAGACAGUCCGACCCGGCACCGAAUACUCAGACUGAACCUCCGAUCGUUCGUCCACGUUCAAGCUCUCUUGCGCCUAGCACCCCUCCACGUUCGACCAACAACACCGUCCAGUUUGCGUUUAUCACUCCUGUGCAUGAAAGCGUCGAGGCUCCCUCGACUGCUGCGGUUGGAGCAAUCAGUACAGCCGCCGAAGCUGGGACAACUGGGAUAAAUACCACAAUUGGAAACGGUACAACGGGCGCGACGAUUGCUGAAUUGGCGUCGAACACGUCCAAACCCACAGCGCGUAAACUCCUUCCGAUGUUCAAGUUCAUGUCUCCUUCUCCCGCCACACCCCCGAGCACCAAGAAACGCCGCAUGACGGCCCCGAGCCAGCUCGGCAAUAGUACGGGGCUGGGAGCGAGCCCGAAACAUGGGAUCGCAUCGUCUCCAUUGGCACGAGGAAGACCUGUUCGCGAGUCUCCGUUGCAACUUGUUUUAGGGAGUGCACAUGCGGCUAGGAGGGCCGAGAUGCGGAUUCCGGUGAUGCGUGAGGUCGGGACCGGGCUCGUUCCCCCGAUUAUUCCCACCACGCCUCUCACCCCGCUCAUUGCGCAAUUGGCUCCUCCCGUUCCUCCCCCUCAGUCACUUCCGGCAAUAGAGUUCCCGCCAGGCACAAGUCCAGAAACUCAAAGCGUCUUGCGCGGGAUGCAAGCCGAGCGAGCUCUCCUAGAACAAACUCAGCCAGCCGCCCAACAAGACGUCACGCCCGAACACAUGGCGCGUGUCUUGCGUAUUGAAGCUGAGUGCAUACGCCUUCGCCGAGAUGGCGCCGAAGCUGCUGCACUGCGACACGAGGUCGAGAUUCUGCGCACCCAGCUGCGCGAACAGGAACAACAACAGGACUAUACGAUGACAACGACCACGUCCGACGCGCUGGAAACAUACUCUGAGGGUGGAAUGUCGGAUGAUACUGCGAUGGAAGCGACCAUUCCCGAGGCUGGAGAUACGGCUCGACGAAGGAUGGAGUAUGUGGAGCGAGAUUUAAGGUCUUCGAUGGAUUCGAAAGACCGCUCAGUGUCCGAGUUCAGAAUGCGCAUGGAUGAUCUGUAG